AUGGCCGGCCGCGAGGCAGGCGACUGCGGCAGCGAGGGAGACGGAGAGGAGCCGGCCCGUGAGCUCCCCGACGACAUCACGGACGAGAUCCUGCUCCGCCUGCCGUCGCGCUCCGCGCUGGCGCGCGCCGCGGCGGCGAGCUGCGCCUUCCGCGCGCGCGUCUCCUCCCCGCGCUUCCUCCGCCGCCACCGCUCGCUGCACCGGGACCCCGGCUCGCUCCUCGGGGUCUUCACCUUCCCCCUCGUCCCCGACGGUGCGCGCGGCGGCGGCGGCACGGACUUCCACCCCGCCGAGCCGCCGCACCCGGCGGCGUCCGCCGCCAGCGCCGUCGCCGCCGCGGCCGACUUCUCCUUCGGGUUCCUCCUGGCCGCGGCGGCGGACCCCUCCGCCGCGGCUGGGUCUGAGGCGACCGCGACGGCCGAGUGGAUGGUCCGGGACUACCGCGACGGCCGCUUCCUCCUCGACCGCGUGCCGUCGGCCACCGGGAGCACCGUCUUCACCGAGCUCGCCGUCUGCGACCCGCUGUCCCGCCGCUACGUCCUGCUCCCGCCCAUCCCGGACGACCUCGCCGACACCGUCCACAGCGUGCUCACCGUCUUCGGCGGCCGCCGCGCGUGCGAGCCCUUCUUCGCGCCCGCCGACGCCGAGACCGCCUGCGGCGCGGACGACGCCGACGCCGACCCGCCUCUCACCGUGUUCUGGACGGCCCGCUCCCCGAGGAAGAUGAUCGCCUUCGCCUUCUCGUCGCGCGACGGCCAGUGGCGCGCGCUCGAGUCGCCGCACUGCUUCGUCUGGCGCAGGCACCGCUCCCCGUUCAGCUGCCCCAUCAGCGCCGUCUGGAACCGCCGCCACUACGCGCACGGCCGCUUCUACUGGGUGGACUGCCUCACCAGCCGCUGGCUCGUGCUCGACGCGCGCACCAUGGAGCUCUCCCUCGAGGUCAUCCCGUCGCCGGCCGGCUACUGGGAGGAGCACGUCGCCGUCGUGGAGGCCCCGGACGGGAAGCUGGGCGUCUUUGCGCACGGCUUCCACCACCCCGGCGGCAAAGCCAAUCUGCACUACUAUACGAUCGUGCACGACACGGAAGCCGGCGGCAGCGACGCGCGGCGGUGGCAGCUGGAGAAGACGAUCCCGCUGCCGUGGCCGUCAGACCACCGCCCUUUCUACCUCCGGGGCACGGGCAACGGGUGCCUCAUCAUUGAAGUCAGCGAGGAAAAACCAGUAUUCAUGGCGAGCCACCGCGUCAGGGACGCUGAGCUCUUCAAGAUCGACGUCAAGAGUUUCCAGCUCCAGAAGAUCUGCCGGGCACGGUGCGCCGGCAGUGCUGCUGGCGAGUGCUCCUGGCCAUACUUCGGCUUCCCGCCAUCGCUGUCGUUGCCCACUGAUUGCUCAAGGUCAGCUGAGGACCAUCCAGUGAGACCAGAAGAUCGCCCACGGCUUGCAGAGGAUGAUCCUGUGCCACGGAAAGAUGGCCCAGGGUCCGCCGAGGAUGGUUCAGCCAGACAAGAACGGAUACCAUACGAUGCUGCAGUCGAGCUCACCAUACCUGUCACAGCAGGUGCAAAGCUCUCCACAAACAUGCCACAAGAUAUCAAAGUCUCACCAGGAGGCAUGUUGAUAUGCAGGUGUCCGUCGCCAUCGGAACCGAAGAAGAUCCCGCCGGCACGCCGCAGUAAGGCUUCGUCCCUGAAGGCAACCUGUGCGCUCUCUAGGCGGAGGGCAGUUUCAGAGCUGGCGGUUCUUGGUGCUGUGGCCCUCUCCAUGCCGGCGCAAGCAGCGAUGUCGGAGCCUUAUAUUAUCAGGUACCGGAAGCUGGACAGCGGAGUCAUACUCGAAGAUGUCGUCGAUGGGGAGGGGCCUGAGGCACGGGAUGGCGAUCUGGUGCAGUUCAACUACGUCUGCCGCCGCGCAAACGGUUAUUUCGUGCAUAGCACGGUGGACCAGUUCAGCGGUGAGAGCAAGCCGGUGACACUUGCACUUGGCGGAGAAGAGAUGAUUCGAGGCUUGAAAGACGUCCUAAUUGGGAUGAAGGCCGGAGGCAAGAGGAGGGCUCUGAUUCCUCCUGAAGUAGGCUACAUCAGUGAGACAUUGAAGCCCAUACCAGAAGAGUUUGGACCGCGGCGAAGUCUGCUGUCUCAUGCCAAGGAGCCACUGGUGUUUGAGGUUCAGCUGCUGAAGGUCCUGUGA